UUGCGUUGCUUUCAUUAAGUUGGUUUGAUCAAGAUCGAUACCGCAAACCAUUGUAGUAUAUUGCUUGGGAUUUACAGCGUGCGUAAGUUAAGACAGCCCACUGGCCAUGAUCACUCAAAGACACAUGCUUACAAAUUCCGCCAAAAUAUCUUCAAGUUUGUAUGUUAAGCAUUGUCUUUGAGGAAUUUACGCUAGCUGGGUGGCACGACCAUGGUACUUCAGAGGUUAUCUCUGGUACCAAACCUCUGUUUCUAUUGGUUGCCUCGUGGGCCUACUUGUGGAGUUUUGUUUGCCUCCUUGUAUCGAUCAGGCUCAAGCCAAUUGCGGGAAAUCCAACUGCAUUACCUGCAGUUGUCUCAUGGACAUUGAACGGGUUGUUCUUAGUGAUUCUUUUGUGGCCAUUUGCACCCGUAUUCUGGUCAUUCUAUAUGGUUUCAGUCGAACAUGUCUAUAUACUAAAGAUUCUGGAACCAAUCACCAAGGCCCUUCUGCAAUCGGCGCACACUUAUUCCAAACGGACUUACACUCCCGCAAAGAUCAUAGUUUUAUUGCUUCCCGCAGAAAAAGCUCUUGCUCGUAUUGCGAUAGUUUCAAUUCAUGUUCGAAGAGGACUCACCUGUUACCUCGUCUCCUGCGUAUUGUUAUGUUUGGCCUAUCCACCGUUUCUCUUCUUCACGCUCAAGACCAUGAUCUUACCCUCUCAUUUGGAGAAGUCAUUGAAGCUUCAAAGGAAUGCAGUGCCAGUAUUCCAAAUCUCCAUCCUAACAUUCCUUGUUUCAGCCUGUAAUAUUCCUCUCUUAUAUUGGAUGUUGAAUUUUCCGGGAGACUCCUUUGUGACAGACUCAACGUGGUGGGUAGGCAUGGAACUUGGUCUAACCAUCCCUUAUACAAUUGUAGCAAACAUAAAUUUAUGGGUGUCAUAUCGAGCUGCCAACAGACAGUCUCCGACUAAAGAACCACGGGAUAGACCCAUUAACUUGGGAAAUCUCUUGAGUCAAUCGUUGAGCGUAUCGCAAAACUUUAAAUCAACAUCAUUCAAUGCCACGGAAAAAGUUUGAAGACUUGGUUUGUCGUAGUCGCGAUCGCUCUUACAGGCAAACUCUGAACAACCGAUUUGGGCAACCAUUAGGUUGAUUGAUGGAUUGAUGGACUUAUUAUAUAUAUACCAAGAUACCCAACCCACGACGCCUGGCCUACGGUGAGGGGUGAUUAAUAUUUAGGCUUAUCUUUAUCAUUCGUAUUUCAAGUGUAAACAUGUAUCUCAAUUGAGAGAAUCGGAAGAGGAAAGACUUGUCUUUCAAAGGUUUAACCUCUUCAUUCUUACGCAAACAUCAAGCAUAUUGAUGGCUCAAAAUUUGAGUCUUGUAAGAUCUUUGGCAACAAUCCUAUCAUUGACUGCAUGUCCAUUUUUGUAAGGCUAUUCUUACUGACUUUCAUUUAGAAGGUUCCAUGUUCUAUAUUUGAAAUAAAUUACAAAUGAUAAGUUGAUAGAUGG